AUGUCCACGCCAAGUAAGCAAGGGGCAACUGGCGUGUACGUCCGGAACCACACCAACAUGGACGCUGCCUUGAGGGCAGAUCUUGCUGGGCUCAUCACGAAAGACGUGGAUAUAGAAGAAUAUGUGCGACAUGUAUACGGCGUAUCAACAGACGACAUCGAGGUAAUAAAGGUUAAAGAAUGGAAGCUUAACGGUCUGGCUACCUAUGUGAAACUGCUUGGCAGCGGCGCUCGAGAAGAGAAGCUUUAUGCGCCAUUCAAGGCGAUUAUGACCCACUUAUUCGGCAUUCUCAAUGGCGAGGAACGCAAGAUUGAUGUGCACCAUGCAUCACUGGGGAAGACUGCACUGCAAAGCGUUGGGAACGUUCGAAAACCAGAUCAACUUUUCUUCUUCGGCUCGCACGACGACAAGUCACCGAUAACCUGGCCACUCGCUAAAGCCUUUGUCGAGCUCGCCGUGACGUCUAGCGCACAACGUAUCAUGUCCAGUGCCUCAGCCAUUGCAACAAUCAACGAGGAUGAACAAUCUAUACAUGCUCUAGCUGUGUCAGCGCCCGACUUCAUGCCAUCCGCAACGAUCCCAACACCGUCCAGGGGGACCAAGCGGCGCCGGAGCACAGAUCCUACAGACAGACCGAAGCCCCCGAAACUUCCGAAACUCAAUGUCUUGAGUAAGGAAGAACCACAAGCUGCAGGCUACGCUUUGGAGCUCCUGGCUUCUACUUGCAGACGAUGGGCCACCGGCAUGGUCAUCACAGACACGCAAGUGGUGUUGCAUUACUACGAUCGUAUGGGCGCUAUCUUCACCAAGCCUUUCAAAUUCGACGAAGAGCCUUGGAAGCUAGCGUUAUUCGCCCUGGCCGUCGGACGGUGCGACCUUGUACAAGCAGGAUUCGAACCACUGAUUGCACCCAACGUCGACGCCGCGCUUUCCCAGCCAUUAGGCUCGUUGAAAGGCGCUGUCCUCAAUGUGCCCAAAGAAACCAGAAACGAGGGUAGUGUAACCCAAGGCGGUGACAGCGACGGUAUCAAAUUCGUGAAUAAUCUUGGUCGGGGGGUCUAUUCGCACUUCCAGAUCACUGGUGACCCACUAUAUAUUUAUGGGGGUCUUACUGGUAGGGGGUCGCAUGUCUUGCCUGGUGAUCUCAUCAGGAUGGAGGAUAAUGGAGCCACGGACGAUCAAAGAGAGGAGCCGACCGUACCAGUAAACGCAAAGGGGUCUAUGGUUGUGAAGCUCAGUUGGCCAAUGGAGAAGCGGCCGUUCCUAGAAGCCCAAACCAUCGACACGCUCGCGAACAAGAUUCCCUGGAUAAAACGACACCUCCCCAGGAUCCAUUGCGCUUUGACAAUCAGGGGUAAAUCGAUGGGGCUCCCUCGACAUCUCUUUCAUAACAUGACUACGGCCCAUAAACUCGAGCAGCGUUAUUUUACUCUCUUAUUCACCGACCGCUAUAAACACCUUUGGGACAUCAAGACGUUGGAUGACUUCCAGGUGGCAUACGUUGGCAUUGUUGAAUGCCACUACAACGUGUCGAGGUACGGCAAGAUGUUGCAUCGGGAUAUCAGCGAGAACAACCUACUGUGGACACGCAAAGAGAAAGAGGUCGUAGGUGUACUUAACGACUGGGAUCUAUCCACACGCGUCGAUGUGGUCGGCAACAGUACUAACCACAGAACGGGUACGGGCCCAUUCAUGGCCCUGGACCUCCUCGGCAAGGAACCUCCUGUCCAUCUCUAUCGCCACGACCUCGAAUCACUAUUCUACGUACUUAUAUGGGCGGCGGUCCACUAUGACAUCGGUGGCAAGGUGCCUUACUCUCACACUGUCGAUCCCGCACUGGAGAAGUGGAACGGGGACUUCGAAGAGGCGCGCGUGGCAAAGCUUGCCUUCUUCUCGGAUGCCGAGUCCGUGCUGGAACAUCUACAGCCAGCGUUCGAGCCAUUGCGCGAAGCUUGGAUUGAACCACUCCUCGACUUAUUCCGGAAGGCACGCGCCAACGCUAACCUCCUUGCUAGAGCCAAGAAAGGCGGCCAGAGCAGCAAACAACUAGCCCGGAAACCAAGGAAACUACCAAAAUAUAGCGACGAUGAAAGUGAUGAGGAAAGAAUCGAUGGGAAGGAACACCCAUUACCACCACCUGCACCUACUGCGCACUCUCUUGCGGUUAAUGUCGACUUCGAAACUUUAGGGGGGUACCUAACCUUCGAGAACUUCAUGAAGGCUCUUGAUGGGUGGGAGCCCAGCGGGGUGCCCAAGAAGUAUCGCGAGUAUGCAGAACGGCUCCUUGAGGAGGAACCUGUCACUUCUACCACUCCCAACAGUACAGCUAAUUCUCCUCGAUGCUAA